AGAACGGAAGUUCGUCCGGAAAAGUAUGUGCGAAAAUUCAUGAAGUUGUGUGUCAACAUUUUUGACAUUUUUUAGGGCCGCGUGAGUGUCGUGCCCGUGCAGCGUCCUUAGACACAGAUUAUGGUAGCAAUACAAAUUACAUAGAGAGUGUAUGACCAGUCAUUCUCCGCAAGCGUUCAGGAUUUCCUCUGCAUUUCUAAAACAAUUGCACACCGGAAGCGAAACUACAAACACUGAACAAGUGGUAGUUGAUGCAACACUAUAGCCAGAGAGUAAUGGAAGAUUUAGAUGCAUUACUGGCUGACCUUCAGAACACAACCACUCAAUCACGACAUUACCAACACUCUGAAGGCUCGGGUCGCCAAGGAGACGGGGUCCAGCAACGAGAACCAGUACAGAACCAUGCUCAGUACAGCAGCACUGCUGUGGAGUACAGCUCGCGCUACAACCAGCGGUCCAGCGGCAGUGAGACACCACCACCUCUACCCCCGCCCCCUCCACAGGAACUCCUAGAGAACAUUCCACCACCAAAACAGUUCGAUCAGCCCAUGUACUAUGAGACUGGGGUAGCUCCACCACCCCAGGAACCGAGGACCUCCCAACUAAGCAACAACUUGUCUGAGCUUGACCAACUUCUGCAAGAUCUCAACUCGGCUCAGUUCAUGGCGGAGGUGGACAAACGCAACACAGCAGCUCAACCUAUCCCCAAUGGCAAUAACAAGGAGCCCCCACCUGUGGCCCCCAAGCCAUCCCGGGAGAAGAGAUCUUCUGUGGACGGACUGUUGGACAUGCUGGAGGGGACAGUCCCAGACACCCCCAAUGAAAACUAUAGAAGCCCCCCAGCCAAUGACAACUAUGAAUACACCACGACUUCACCACCUCCUCAACCACAGCAGUCAACCAUGCAUGUCCAGCCGAAACCGCAGGCUACCUCCACCGCAACGCGCGAGCUGGACGAACUCAUGGCCACACUCUCUGGGUUCAAGGUGAGUGGGAACUCACAUGAGAGGACUCAGAGAUCAGUCUCUCCCUCAAGUGAGCCUCCCUACGCCAAACCACAAAAGAGGACCCCCUCUCAGAGCAGUGCCCCUAGCACACCUGCUGCACCCCAGAGGGAGGAGUUGGAAUCAAUGCUGGGAAAUCUACAUGAGGACAUGAAGAGUCAGGGGGUCACCACUAAGACUAAGGGUGUGUGUGGGGCCUGUAACCAACCCGUUAUUGGACAGGUGAUCACGGCCUUGGGAAAGGUGUGGCAUAUUGAGCACUUUACCUGUGCUAACUGUAACCUCCCUCUGGGAACCAAGAACUUCUACGAGAGGGACGGAGAGGCCUACUGUGAAGAGGACUACCACAAGAUAUUCGCUCCUAAAUGUGCCUACUGCAACGGGCCUAUUGUAGACAAAUGUGUGACUGCAUUAGACCUGACCUGGCAUCCGGAUCACUUCUUCUGUGCCCAGUGUGGGCGACCGUUCGGAGACGAUGGAUUCCAUGAAAAGAACGGCAAGGCCUACUGCAGACAAGACUUUCUGGAUAUGUUUGCCCCGCGUUGUGGAGGAUGUGGCCACCCAAUUCUAGACAACUACAUCUCGGCCCUGUCUCGACACUGGCACCCAGAGUGCUUUGUUUGUAGGGACUGCCACCAACCGUUUGGAGGGCGAAGUUUCUUUGACCAUGAAGGAUUACCGUACUGUGAGACCCACUACCACGCCAAGCGGGGCUCCCUGUGUGCCAGCUGUCAGAAGCCCAUCACCGGCCGAUGUAUCACAGCCAUGGGCAAGAAGUUCCACCCUGAACAUUUCGUUUGUGCCUUCUGCCUGAAGCAGCUUAACAAAGGGACAUUCAAGGAACAGAACGAUAAGCCUUAUUGUCACCCCUGUUUUGUGAAACUCUUCGGCUGAUGGAGAUGCGUUUAGUACUAUAGUCAACUUAUGAAGGCUUUUGUUAUAUAUACAUGAAUUAUAUUGUAUUUUUAUAUGACAUAUCUAUAUAUCUUUAUCUCUAUUUGGAAACCAUUAUUUUUACAUUUCAUAAUUGCUGUUAAUUCACACCAGUUGAUUGAUUUCUUGCUUGUUAGAUUUAUUUCUUUAGCAUAUUUUGUAGACUGCCAGAAGAAUCUUUUUAUCCUGCUUCGAUAUAAGUGAUCAAGUAAUUGUUUUAUCUAUUUUGCUUCAAGUCACUGGAGUCAGAAAAGUUCAUUCACAGACUCAGUAUUCAUCCUGUACAUUCUGUUCUUGCAUGUGGCUAAUGAGUGGAGUAUGAUUAUGUUCCUUUUUCUUGGGUCCCCAGAAAAUUGGUAUCCUUCUUUGGGAUAACACAGAAUUACUAAAGAAUGAUGUAAAUGUAUUUUGUAAUCUAGUAACAAGAUGAAAGUAUGCCCACCAUUUGCAAAAGAUUUAGGAAGUGUUUGUUGCUGCUUAAUCAUGAGACACAUGUUAACGUAUUACUUUUAUACAACGGCUUGCAACUAUUAUAGCCAGUUUAUAUACAAAGCUUUCAUAAGGUUUUGUGGGUACAAUCCCAUGGUGACCUAAAAAGAGACACAUUAAGGGAAGGUUGAAUUACCUUUCUCUUUGCUGCUGAGAGAAAAGACAGAGCUUCAAGACUUGGAUUCCAUGUUUUACCUGAAUGGAGACCAUGUUUGUCCAGAUACUAGUAGCCACCACAAUCUUUAUCGGAACAGUUUAUCCAUCAACAUUUAUUUUAUAUUGCUUGUGAUAUACAUGUACUUGUGUCCAACAUCUUGAUAAUAAAUUAAGAUAUUGCAAUAUUA